AUAACCCCAUAAGUGACCCCAUAAGUGACCCCAUGCCCCCCUUGCAGGCCGCCAGCCCUACAGAGGGAUGCUGGACUACGACCCCGCCGACGAACCGCUGCUCAUCCGCAACCUCAUCACAGAGCUUGACCCUACCAAGAUGGCCGCCGCGCUGCCCUGCCUCCCCGCCUACAUCCUCUUCCUGUGCAUCCGGCGCGCUGAUGACGUCAAUGACGCGCGCCGCUUGCAAUCCCUGCUGGGAGCCGCCAUUACCGCCAUCAAAGCCGUCCUGCAGGAGAGCCGUGGCGUGGAGCUGCCGUCCUUCUGGCUGGCCAACAGCCUGCGCCUGCUGCACUGCCUCAAGCAAUACAGCGGGGACCCGGGCUUCACGGCGCAGUGCAGCGCGCAGCAGAAGGCGCAGAGCCUGCGGCACUUCGACCUGGCCGAGUACCGGGAGCUGCUGGGCGCCCUGUGCUCCAGCAUCUACGCGCAGCUCUGCGCCGCCGCGGGGACCCAGCUGCAGCCCAUGGUCGUGUCGGCCAUGCUGGAAUCCCAAACCUUAUGGGCUCCCAAACCUAUGGGAUCCCGAAGCCGCAGCUCCCAUAGGGGCGAAUGGGAAGCAUCCUAUACCCUGCAAGACCUUAUAGGGCGGCUGGAUGAGCUUUAUAGGGUCGUGAGUGAGCACGGCCUGGACCCCGAGGUGAUCCUACAGUUGUUCGGGCAGCUGCUUUAUAGGGUCAGCGCCGUGGCCCUCAAUCAUCUGCUGCUCAGCAAGGAGCUCUGCUGCUGGGCCACCGGCCUGCAGCUCCGGUUCAACAUCAGCCAGCUGGAGGAGUGGCUGCACAGGCGGAAGCUGCAGCACAGCGGGGCCCUGCAGGCCCUGCAGCCUUUGAUCCAGGCCGCCCAGCUGCUGCAGCUCAACAAGAAGAGCCAGCAGGACGCCCAGGCCAUCUGCAGCCACUGCACUGCGCUCAGCUGCCAGCAGCUGGUGAAGCUGCUCAGCCUCUACACCCCGCUGGACGACUUUGAGGAGCGCGUCAGCGUCGCCUUCAUCCGCACCGUCCAGGUGCAUGAUGGGAGCGGGCCCUGGGGGGGGCAGAGGCACUAUGGGGUCAGGGGGGGCUUAUAG